UGUUGCACACUGUUGCCAGGAAAGAGCGAGCGCGAUGGAGGGGGUGGUCGCAUUGUCUGUCGGGACGGUGGCGGUGUGUGAAUUUCUGCCGUCUGUCAGGAACGCUCGCUGAUCCACUGGUUUGUGUUCUUAACAUGAAAGCUUAAUAGUAUAUGAAGUAGACCAAUACUACAGAUAGAUUCGCAAGCUUAAGUUUCAGCACAGCUCGCUUGUUCCCCGUCGUUUCGUUCGAAAGGGUAAGACAAGCCAAACCUAACUAGCUAGAGCAAGUGCUUGUUGCAUUCAGCCGGCGUGAGGAGUGGCAGAGCGAGCGAGCGAGGAGGUGCACGGCGCUUGAACGCGGAUUGGGUCAAGAGUGGCCGGCCGGUGGAGAGCGAAAGGCGGCCGAUGACUUCGGAGAGUAGCAGUCAACCGCAACACAUAGAGGAGGUCGAGCCGGGAUCAGUCGUACGAGAUCAAGAGGAGAAAACCGGCGAGGACCAAGGCGGCAUGGUGACCACCAAGGGGGCCGGUCUGAAUCCCAAUGCUAAAGUGUGGCAGGAAGUAUCUGCACCUAGCACCCAGGCUUCAGAGGCAGUCACGCAGACUUGCCAAUGGCCACCAGCAGAUUCUAACACUGAGGAAUCAGAGGGAUGUAAGGAGUUCGAAGUUAGCUAUGGUGACUUAGAUUCAGCCCCUCCUUUAGAGAGCAGCAUGUUGAAUGGCUUGGAGUCUGCAGAACUGGAUUACCCACUCUACGAACCAGUUGAGGGUGAGGUGAUUGAGGAGCAGCCUCUGUCCGAGGAAAGCCUGAAGGAGUCGCUGAAGAAACAGCUGGAGUUCUGCUUCUCCAGAGAGAAUCUCUCGAAGGACCUUUAUCUCAUGUCUCAGAUGGACAGUGAUCAGUUUGUCCCAAUCUGGACCAUUGCCAGCAUGGAGGGGGUCAAACUGCUGACAACUGAUACGGACCUGAUACUUGAGGUUCUAAGAGCCUCUCCCAUGGUGCAGGUGGAUGAGAAAGGCGAGAAAGUACGGCCCAACCACAAACGAUGCAUUAUCAUCCUCAGAGAAGUACCGGAGGAUACACCUGUUGAGGAGGUGGAGGCCCUGUUUAAAAGUGAGAAGUGUCCGCCGGUCAUCAGCGUGGAGUUUGCACACAAUAACAACUGGUAUAUCACGUUCCGGUCUGACACAGAUGCACAACAGGCUCACAGAUAUUUACGCGAGGAAGUCAAAACCUUUCAGGGCAAGCCUAUUAUGGCACGCAUCAAGGCCAUCAACACCUUCUUUGCGAAGAACGCUUAUGGGACUGUCGACUCUGCUGUGUACUCCACUCCUCCAUCACAGUUCUCGUCUCCAGUUUACUUGCAGCAGGUGUACCAGCCCGCCCAGCAGUACCCUCUCUACAGCCUGCUGCCUCAAACAUGGACUCCCUCACCCACCCCUUACUUUGAAACCCCACUGGCUCCAUUUCCCAACAGCACAUUUGUUAAUGGAUUUGGCACAGCAGGAACCUACAAAACUGGCUCAUCUCCAAUCAGCCUUGCACGUAGCUACCCCCGCAACCGACUUCCACUUUACUCCAGAAAGAAUGUAAUCAAUGCCUUCAGGAACCAUGCGAAGCCGCAGCCUCGUGUUGAUGCAGAGACCUUGUCUGGUGCCGGCAGUCCUCAGCCCCCGUGUACGCCCAACUCUGACACCACCGCUUUCACUCUCACACCCCUAUCCGAACCUCCGACUUCCCCCAGAGAGAACCACCACUCAGACCUUAGCAGCCGUGCCAGGAGAGGAAGCUAUCGUGGCAUGAGGAGGAGAAGAGAAGAUGAAAGAGCGUUGCAGAGGCAAUUUCCUGAAAUGGUGGUGAAAGCUCCGCCCCCCAAGUUUGACCUUGCAGCCACUAACUUCCCGCCAUUGCCAGGGGGCACGCCAUGCCAUCUGCCAGGUGUGACCACGCAAACAGAGUCAGUGCUGGAGAAUUGCAUGGCAGAUGUAGUUAAGGGCAUCAACAGAGACAAGCUGGAUGUGAAUAAGCCAGAAGUUAGUCAAGAUCCUGGAACCUGCCAAGUGGAUGUGCAGUUAACGACUUCUUCCUCUCAAGCACCAAAGCUUCCCGUCACAAAACAGGACACGCCUGCGAAAAGUGCGUCACAUCAAGUGAAGAUGCAAGAAAAAGAGGUUCCAAUGUCCAAUGCCCCUCCCAUCACUGCAUCAGCAUGCCCUGUCCAGCCUGUUCCUGCCCCCAAACCUUCACGCAGCCAGUCGACUUCAAGCAGUGCGUCACAAGCAUCCACCCCACUCGUUCCCACAAGCACAACUACACAGGAACCUCGGAAACUCAGCUAUGCAGAGGUUUGUCAGAGGCCACCUAAAGACCCUCCCCCUGCACCAGUAGCUCCGCCCAGCCCCACCCCUUCUCCGACCGCUAAUCAACCUCUACGUGAGCUUCGUGUCAACAAAGCAGAAGGUCUGGCCUCGUCACGUUGUAGCCCCAGUGAGAGGCUAGAGAAAGGAAUUGAAGGUCGGACAUCCAGAGAGCAGACUGGCUACCAGCGUGGUAAUGGACCCAGAGGGUCAGGCUUUAAGCUCAGAGAGCAACAGAGGCGGCCCCUUCAGGGUCGACGCUCUUCUCCACAGUCGGGAUACAGCCGACGCAGUGGAAAAGAACAAAACAUCCCACCCAGAUCGCCAAAGUAAUGCCUCGUGCCCUCUAUACAAGUGUGUAUUAUACAAACAAAGCAAGAGUAUAUAAAUCUAUAUAGCUAUAUAUAAAUCAACAUAAGAGAACUGGACUGUCACACUGUGGUGUUUGAGGAACUCACUCGGUCUCAGUUAACCGUGAUAUUUGGGAACUUGAUCCUUAAACUAGGAAUUUAAGGAAGAUGACAAACCUCUUACACUUGAAAGAAGAAACGGAGGCCAUGCUUUCUGUAUUUGUCUGUUGUUUUACAGCAAUUGAUUGGCUUGUGAAUGAGUUUUGAUUUUACUUGGUGUGUAAAGGUCCUGGCACUAGUGUACAGUUUAUUGUACAUUUUAUUGUCUAAUAAUGAAAAUUGUCCAAAUCACACAAAAACAGCAUGACACUGCUCUUCACCGGUUUAUACGUCCCACCUGUGUAUGUGUGUGUAUGUCCUGCUUUUGUCCAAGAUAAGGCUAGAGAAAAUAUUUUCUUUGCCCGGCUUUCUUCAGUGAUGCGCAAAACAUCAUAAUUGUAUUUUUAAAUUAUUAAUGAUUUGGUUUUGUGCAGUUUGAUGCACGUAAACAAGCAGUAGAGAUCUAGAUAAAUGGCAGGAGUGCAAAAUUCAUAGUACAUUUUAAACUUUGACAUGACAAUUGUUAAAGCCAGUUGGACGACAAUUGUCCUUUGCGCAGUGGUUAUCUAUUUGAAUGGACAAGUAUCAAAGGCAUAUUGUUUGCUGUCUUCAUGUCACAAUUGACUGCUGACUGUGGGCAAUCAUGUCAUGCUUCAUCUUUAUUAAUACAAUACAGCACAAACCCAAGCAAGCACUUGCGUUGUCUGCAAUGUUUCACCUGUGAAAGUUGACCAUAGUUGAGCUAAAUUAAAUUUGUGGACUGCUCAUUCAAUGAGAGUUGAGUCGCAGGUUAUUUUGGUGGGUGCAAUGAAAUGAUUUGAAGCAAACAUGCGAUCUGCCGGUUAGUACACAUCAAAUUUGAAAAAUUGUGCACUGGGCUUAAUUUUAUAUUCGGUGGCAAAUUUUAUAUUCUGUGGCAAAACGGGUGAAAAGUCCUUCACCCGUUUUUGCACCCCUAAAUCUCAUAAAAAAUGAGACGCAUAUUUAUUUUGUCUUAAAUCAAGUAGUGGUCUCCAUAUCUGGUAUUCAGAAAGACAAAGGUGGCACAGAAUAAGACCGAACUGGAAAGUCAUGAAGAAUAGGCAUAGUAGUACUAUACUGGAGGUAAAACGUGGACAAAAGUAGGGGGUGUAUAUUUAAGGCGAUUUAAGUUGCGUGGUGUGUGGUAAGGUGUCAUCUGUGAUGGUCCUGUGUUUUUAAUGACCGGGUCUGUCAGUAACCGAGAAAGCUCGAGCUGCUUUUUUAAGAGAGAACUUUGUAUAAAUUGAGCCACACAGUUCGUCUUUCUUUCCCUUCCUUGUGAAAGUCUUGCGUGAUGUUGGUGUUUAUCAAUCAGGUGUUUGUACAGUUUGCUUUCGACAAGGUUUUCUUUGUUUUGCUGUAGAUGCUUAUGAUGAGUUGGUGUGCUGCUUCCGAAUCAGUGUUUGUCGAGUCUGAUCUAUUGUUUUUUAGGCCUGUACAUUUCAUGUGAUAUGAUGUACCUGCUACAUUACUCAUGACUUACCGGUGUCCUUUUUUGUAAAAGCAGAGGGACUGUUAAUUUUGUCCAGCACGCACUGGUGGCAUUGACGUCACUGGUGGCAGUCGUCACAUUAUUCUGUUAGGAGUCUGAAGUUUUUAGGUAAUGAAACGUUUAAAUGUUCCAUUUACACUGUAAGGGGCCAUUCAGAGAGAACGCGUCUCUGCGUCUAGGCAGCGCUCAGAUGGGUUUUUUAAAAAGCGCAGCCUAGAACGCGAGGGUCUCGAGACGCGGGUAUCCGGACACAGCCACUAUGCGCCUCCUCUGCCAUGUUGCUGUCAAAUAAAACAGUUGUCAUGCCAACUUGCUACUGUAAACAGAAGCUCGCAAUGCUUGCCCCGCCUCCAAAUUCUUCUGAUUGGUUCACUGCUUUUGGAACUGACAUUGAUGAGCAGCGCUACAUGUAAAAUUUGUAUUUUUUUUACUUUUACUUGACACACGGCCUCUUAAAAAUGCGGCACUCGUGUGCGAGGAGCUUCAAAAGAUCCGAGACGCGAGCUUACGCCCCUACUGCAUGCAUGUCCGUCAAACGCGUGUUUACAUGGAAAAACAAUGGGAAUGUAGCGCAUUGGAAUGGAAAAAUGCGUUCUGUCGGAGUAGCCCCUUACACUGUAAUGAUUUUCUCCUCUUGCUCUAUUAUUUGUCAUUUACAUGUAUGGAUUGUCCACAGAUCCAGACCAAAGUCAAAUCAGCAGUGAGACAAUCUCAGGAAGUGCUGUUUAAGUGUACACACUUCUUCCUCACUUUCAUCAUUCUGCCACAGGCAGGGCCACUGUUAUAUGUGCGAGGGGUUGUAUCAUGGUUUCAAACUAUUGCGUUCAAUGUGUGUGUAUGCAUGUGUGUUUUAGUUUUAUGAAACAAUUGUUUAGAACCUUCAAAAGGUAACGUGUCCUAAUCAUUAAUUUCUCAAAUUUUUGAUAGUUUGAAGUUAAUGUAGAAUUAUUAUUAUUUUUGUUUUAAAUGCCGUUUCUCUCUUAAACUUGAUAAUUAGUGUGGCUUUCUUGUCCUAACAUGUGUGUUCAUAUUGUCACACAAGUUAUUUCAGAAUUAUUUUCUAUAUUUGGCAAUAUCUGUGGGUGCAAAUUGUGUAGAGACUGCCACUAAAAUGAAAAAGAUCAGUGGACCUGGUUUUAUUUUUUAUUUUCUGAAUUUAUUGAUUUGAUUCAUAUUUUGCUGUUGAAAUGAAAUGUGUUGUUUUGUUCCUAAUCUUAUCACAUGUAGGCUAUAAGCUUUUUAGACAUGAAAUGGUGCGAUUAUAAAUAGCAAGACUUUAGCCAAAAAAAAUAAAGUAUUCUCACUUGUUUAAUCAUAGGGAGGGUAGGUUCUGUCCCAGGAGAAAGUGGUUUUAGCAUAAUGCUGAGUGAAGUGUUUGAACAACAUUGUAGAUGUUUAAAAACAAAAUUCUAAAGGAAAUGGAAGAAAAAAUAAAUGAAAAAGAUUAAAAUUGA